AUGAUGUGGCGGGGUUUGGUUCUUCUGCUGACCGAGCUGGUGAUGGUGAGGGUGAGGGGCAUGAGCCUGUACCAGCCUGGCACACUGCACCCACACCGCGGGCUCUGCCCCAACGAGGUCAACCCCAACCUGUGGGUGGAUGCCAUGAGCACCUGCACCCGGGAGUGCGACUCGGACCAGGAAUGCGAGGCGUUUGAAAAGUGCUGCUCCAACGUCUGUGGGAACCGGAGCUGCGUGGGCGCGCGCUACAUAGACGGGGCCGCAAAGAAGGUGGCGGUGAGCAUGCCCACGGAGGCGACCUGCGAGCAGUUCGUGUGCCCUCAACAGGGCUCCGAGUGCCACAUCUGGAACGGCCAGCCGGUGUGCAAGUGCCGGGACCGGUGCGAGAAGCAGCCGCGCUUCACCUGCGCCUCGGACGGCAUGACCUACUACAACAAGUGCUACAUGGACGCCGAGGCCUGCACCAAGGGCAUCUCGCUGUCCGUCGUCAACUGCAGGUCCCACCCGGUCAACACCAGCCCCUUCCCUCCAGGAACCACUGCGCUCCUGACCACCACCUUACUGCUCACCACACCACUGGAAGUCCAAGCCCCGGUCCUGACGGCGAGACCGGUGCAGCAGUCCGUGUUCGUGGGUGAAACGGCCAGCUUCCUGUGCGAGGUGUCCGGCUGGCCCAUGCCCGAAAUCACCUGGGAGAAGCAACUCAAGGAGAAGGAAAACGUGGUCCUGAAGCCCAACCACGUGCUGGGGAACAUGGUCGUGACCAACAACGGACAGCUCGUGGUUCACAGCACCCAGUUUGGAGACACGGGCGUGUAUACCUGCACGGCUACGAACUCCGGCGGCUCCAUCCAGGCUCACUUCACCCUCUCCGUCCUGGACAGAGACUCUGUGGAGGAACAGAAGCCGAAAAACGCGACUCCUUUUCCUCCCGAGGAGUGCCUGAAGGUUCCCGACAGCGGCGAGUGCGGCGAGGAGAAGCUGAGCUGGUACUACGACCGCGAGAAGAACCGCUGCUUCAUGUUCACCUACGGAAACUGCAACCAGAACAGGAACCACUUCGACACCUUUGAGUCCUGCAUGACGUCCUGCCAGGCCGACCUUCCGCCCCCCUGCGGCCUCCCCAGCCUGCAGGGCCCCUGCAAAUCGUACAAGCCUCGCUGGGCGUACAGCGGCGCCCUCGGGCAGUGCCAGCUCUUCAUUUACAGCGGCUGCGGAGGCAACGACAACAACUUUGAGACCAAAGAGGCCUGUGAGAACACGUGCCCGUUUCCCAAAGCCCAGCGCUGCAAGCCGUGCCACCCGCGACUGAAGAUGGUGAACAGCUUCUGCGCCAGCGACUUCGUCAUCCUGGGACGGGUGACGGAACUGAUCGAGGAGGAGGGCUCGGGCCGGGUGCUCGUCACCGUCGAGGAGGUCCUGAAGGACGACAAGAUGGGACUCAAGUUUAUGCUGAACGAACCCUUGGAGGUGACGCUGCAGAACAUGGACUGGAGCUGCCCGUGCCCCAAUAUCACCACCUCCGACGGUCAGAUCAUCAUCAUGGGCGAGGUGCAGAGCGGAAUGGCCGUCCUGCAGCCCGACAGCUUCGUCAGCCUGUUCAGUCCUCGCCGGGUCCGGAGGCUGCGAGAGGUGAUGGACAAAAACACGUGUGACCUUCUCAAGCAGUUCCAUCAACAGGACUUCGCCGUUAGCUCGGUCUGA